CCCUCUUGCCUGUUUUACCAUCACAGAGACUGUGGGUGGGAGUCGCUGCAGCUGCUGCUGUUAGGAUGGGUAACAGGAAGUGAACGUCACUGACACAGGAAUGGGACUGAAAAAGGAAAACACCAUCAUGAUGAGGAGAAUGUCAAAUCCACUCGUGUAGGAAACAAAAAUCCUCGUUUCAACUCCAGGAAAAAAGGAUGAAUGUUCGUGUCCGAGCUGAAAUUGAGGCAUCAGGAAGGGCACCGGCGUGUUGCUAAAUGGAGUCGGAGCAGCUGUACCACAGAGGCUACUGCAGGAACAGCUACAACAGCAUCGCCAGCGCCAGCAGCGACGAGGAGCUGCUGGAUGGAGCCGGUGUUAUCAUGGACUUCCACACCACAGAGGACGACAACCUGCUGGAUGGGGACGCUACCUCCCCAGGGUCUAACUACGUCAUGUCUAACGGGGGCGGGGCACCCAGCAGCACCACCCACCUGUUGGACUUCCUAGAGGAGCCCAUCCCUGGUGUGGGGACCUACGACGACUUCCACACCAUCGACUGGGUCCGUGAGAAGUGCAAGGACCGCGAGAGGCACCGCAAGAUUAACAGUAAGAAAAAGGAGUCAGCAUGGGAGUUCACAAAGAGCCUGUACGAUGCCUGGUCUGGGUGGCUGGUGGUGACGCUCACUGGCUUGGCCUCAGGUGCUUUGGCUGGCCUGAUUGACAUUGUUGCUGAUUGGAUGAACGACCUGAAGGAGGGCGUGUGUCUGAGCGCCAUGUGGUUCAACCACGAGCAGUGCUGCUGGACUUCCAAUGAGACCACCUUCGCUGAGCGGGACAAGUGUCCUCAGUGGAAGAGCUGGGCUGAGCUAAUACUGGGGCAGGCCGAGGGGCCCGGCUCGUACAUCAUGAACUACUUCAUGUACAUCUACUGGGCUCUGUCCUUCGCCUUCCUGGCUGUCUGUCUGGUCAAGGUAUUUGCUCCCUACGCCUGCGGCUCUGGGAUCCCUGAGAUCAAGACCAUCCUGAGUGGGUUUAUCAUCCGGGGAUACCUGGGCAAGUGGACCCUGAUGAUCAAGACCAUCACUCUGGUGCUGGCUGUGGCGUCUGGCCUCAGCCUGGGGAAGGAGGGUCCCCUGGUCCACGUGGCCUGCUGCUGUGGGAACAUCUUCUCCUACCUCUUCCCCAAGUACAGCAAGAACGAGGCCAAGAAACGAGAGGUUCUCUCUGCUGCGUCGGCGGCUGGGGUGUCUGUUGCUUUUGGAGCCCCAAUUGGAGGAGUGCUCUUCAGCUUGGAGGAGGUGAGCUACUACUUCCCUCUCAAGACGUUGUGGCGCUCCUUCUUUGCCGCCCUGGUGGCAGCCUUCGUCCUGCGCUCCAUCAACCCGUUUGGUAACAGCCGUCUGGUACUGUUCUACGUGGAGUACCACACGCCGUGGUACCUGUUUGAGCUCAUCCCUUUCAUCCUUCUGGGAGUUUUCGGAGGCCUCUGGGGCGCCUUCUUCAUCCGAGCCAACAUCGCUUGGUGCCGGCGGCGCAAGUCGACACGCUUCGGCAAGUACCCGGUGUUGGAGGUAAUCUUUGUGGCAGCCAUCACAGCUGUGGUUGCUUUCCCAAACCCGUACACUCGUCAGAACACCAGCGAGCUGAUAAAGGAGCUGUUCACCGACUGUGGGCCGCUGGAGUCUUCGCAGCUCUGCCAGUAUCGCAGCCAGAUGAAUGGCAGUAAGGCCUUCACCGACAACCCCAACCGGCCGGCAGGGCCCGGCGUCUACGCCGCCAUGUGGCAGCUCUGCCUGGCGCUCAUCUUCAAAAUCAUCAUGACUAUAUUCACCUUUGGACUCAAGGUACCGUCAGGCUUGUUCAUCCCCAGCAUGGCUAUCGGGGCGAUCGCAGGGCGAAUCGUUGGCAUCGCCGUGGAGCAGCUGGCCUAUUAUCACCACGACUGGUUCUUGUUCAAAGAGUGGUGUGAGGUGGGAGCAGACUGCAUCACUCCAGGGCUCUACGCCAUGGUGGGGGCCGCGGCAUGUUUGGGCGGUGUAACCCGUAUGACUGUCUCCCUGGUCGUCAUCGUCUUCGAGCUGACCGGUGGGUUGGAGUACAUCGUCCCCCUCAUGGCUGCCGUCAUGACCAGCAAAUGGGUGGGCGACGCGUUUGGCCGUGAGGGAAUCUACGAGGCCCAUAUCCGUCUGAAUGGUUACCCCUUCCUGGACGCCAAGGAGGAAUUCACACACAUCACACUGGCCAGAGAGGUGAUGAGGCCUCGACGCAGCGACCCGCCCUUAGCGGUGCUGACGCAGGACGACCUGACGGUGGAGGAGCUGCAGAGCACUAUCAAUGAAACCAGUUAUAAUGGUUUCCCUGUGAUAGUGUCCAAGGAGUCCCAGAGGCUGGUGGGCUUCGCUCUGCGCAGGGACAUCACUAUCGCUAUCGAAAAUGCUCGUCGCAAGCAGGAGGGCAUCAUGUUGAACUCCAGGGUGUACUUCACCCAGCACGCACCCACCCUGCCGGCCGACAGCCCUCGACCCCUCAAACUGCGCUCCAUCCUGGACAUGAGCCCCUUCACCGUCACCGACCACACCCCCAUGGAGAUUGUGGUGGACAUCUUCAGAAAGAUGGGGCUGCGCCAGUGCCUGGUCACUCACAACGGGAAUGUGUUGGGCAUCAUCACAAAGAAGAAUAUAUUAGAGCAUCUGGAGGAGCUCAAGCAGCACACGGAGCCCUUGAUUGACGACAUCUGAACCAUCGCCUUAACAACCACUUGGCGGCUUCUUGGUAUUAUCACAAAAAAAGAUAUCCUUCGUCACAUGGCUCAAAUGGCAAACCUAGAUCCCGAGUCCAUCAUGUUCAACUGAUCCGCUCCUUCCAGGACGCCCGGGGGGGAGGGGGAGACGACAGCGAGGAGGAGGUGCACCUCCUGGACGGCUCCAAUCUCUGACAUCGGACCCCGUUUUUUAUUUUUUGUUUCCAGCUGUAGAACCUCGCAGACUGACUGUGGUUCCCAGAGACUUAGCGGCAAUGAGAGGGAAAAGACACGAUAAACCACUUUGUUAUUCUGGCUGCUGUGGACACGGAGGUCACGGGUUGAAGGCACACACACACGUGAAGUACAAAAUCCCCAAAACACACACUUUUGCAUUGCAGACACCUCAAACAUGCAUGCUCUCUCUUCACAUACACAUAACCUGUAAAGAUUUACCCCUUUGCACUCUUCAUGUGCCUCACCCUUGUCCUGUCUCCGCUGAGGUCGUGGUAGACGUCGCCUGGCAGAGGUCAGAGGUCAGAGGUCAGAAUGAACCGCUGAUGAGGGACGCGAUGAGGGACCUUAAACCUCCAGGCUUCUGUUCAAAUAAACUCACUUUCCUCCCCCCACUGCACACA